AUGAGCAGCCAGAUUGUCAGCAGAAACACAAAAGAUAGUGCCUUUGACAUUCUGACCAAGACUUUUGAUGAAGACGCCAUCUUGUUCCAGAAAAUAUACACAAGGGAGAGGAAAAUGGAUCUGAGGGCGACUGUGGUUUAUUGUUGGAUCUCCAUCAACUCCGUUCUGAGUCAAGACUGGAACCGCGCCCACGCCGAAGACGACCUCUUCAAGAGCCUCUUUGGAAGAUACAACAAGUGGUCACGCCCCGUCCGCAACAUCACCGACGUGGUCAUCGUCAGGUUUGGCCUCUCCAUCGCACAACUGAUAGACGUGGAUGAGAAGAAUCAAAUGAUGACAACCAACGUUUGGCUUAAACAGGAAUGGACUGACUACAAGCUGCAAUGGCAUCCAUCUGAUUUUGAAAAUGUCACAUCUAUCCGAGUUCCCUCUGAGCUCAUCUGGGUGCCUGACAUUGUACUGUACAAUAACGCCGAUGGAGAGUUCGCUGUCACUCACAUGACCAAGGCCCAGCUGUUCUACACUGGCCGCGUGCGCUGGGUGCCCCCGGCCAUCUACAAGUCCUCCUGCUCCAUAGACGUCACCUUCUUCCCCUUCGACCAGCAGAACUGCAAGAUGAAGUUUGGCUCCUGGACAUAUGACCGGGCCAAGAUCGACCUGGAGCCCAUCGAAAACGCGGUGGAUCUGAAGGAUUACUGGGAGAGUGGGGAAUGGGCCAUUGUCGACGCUGUGGGCACCUACAACACCAAGAAAUAUGACUGCUGCCACGAGAUCUACCCGGACAUCACCUACUACUUCAUCAUCCGCCGGCUCCCGCUCUUCUACACUAUCAACCUCAUCAUCCCCUGCCUCCUCAUCUCCUGCCUCACCGUCCUGGUCUUCUACCUGCCCUCCGACUGUGGUGAGAAGAUCACGCUGUGCAUUUCAGUGCUCCUGUCCCUCACCGUCUUCCUGCUGCUGAUCACCGAGAUCAUCCCGUCCACGUCACUCGUCAUACCGCUCAUCGGGGAGUACCUCCUCUUCACCAUGAUCUUCGUCACGCUCUCCAUCGUCAUCACGGUGUUCGUGCUGAAUGUGCACCACCGCUCGUCGGCGACGCACGCCAUGCCGCACUGGGUGCGCGCCCUCUUCCUGUCCACCGUGCCACGCUGGCUCUGCAUGAAGCGGCCCCCGCCCGACCUAAGGAGGCAGGGCUUGAUCGAUAAACUCCCCCCACCUAAGAUUCCAGGCCCCUCCCACAGCACCUCCCACUCCAACAUCGACACCUGGGUCACACAAGAGUCUGACGUGGAUCUCCACAGUUACCAGGAUGAAAAAUGCAUUUACCGUUGCCGGGGUGACUCCUUGGACGCUGGCAGUGGUGGUGGAGGCAGAGGUGGUUUCUUCAACCUCCGUAGUGUCUCAGAUACAGACACGGAUGGGGAGGUCGAUUCGGAUUCGGUGAGGUUGGGAGUGAAGAUGGUGGGACGGCAGCGAACCAGGCUGUCACCCUCUGCCUCCUUCCCCUGUCCUUCCCCAGGGCUGCUAGGGUACACACUCCUCCCACCAAGGCCCUCCAUAUUCAGCCUGGACUGGGACACCCCUAGUCCAGAACAUGGUAUGAUCCAGAGCCCAUUCACCUCCGCCCUAUCUCCGGCGGUGGUAAAUGAUCUGGAGGGGGUGUCCUACAUCGCAGAGCACCUGAGAGCAGAGGAUGCAGACUUCUCAGUGAAAGAGGACUGGAAAUACGUCGCCAUGGUGAUCGAUCGCAUCUUCCUUUGGAUGUUUAUCAUUGUGUGUAUGUUAGGUACCAUCGGACUCUUCCUGCCCCCGUGGCUCUCAGGAAUGAUCUAGAAAGACCUCGAACACCCAUAUAAAGAAUCAGCAAAGACUCAAUAGCUAGUUUUGAAUGUGUUUGUGUUAACUGAAAUGUGUGGACAUGUGCUGUGGUCGUCAAGUUUUUGGCAGGUAAAAAAAAAACAAAAAAAACUGAACACACACACAGCAAAGCACGAGAGUGAUUGAUUUCUGAACUGAGGUUUCUUUAAAUCAAACUAAAGGGGAUUGCGGCAUAGUUUCUCAAGGUUCAAGAACUCAAAACUCAGCAAACUUGACUUUUCUAUUUUGGUAAGAAAAGAAAUUGUUUUUUUCCAAACAUGCUACACAGGCAGCCUGACUGGAAUUCAAUUUACCUGGUUGACAUUGACUCAGAUGAGAAUGGAGCCCAACUACAAAAUCCUUAACCACAAAUAUUUGCCCUGGAAUGGAUUUUUUUUAAAUAUAAGAUAUAAAAGAUAUUUAGAGUGCAUGUGCCUGUGAAUGGACUAAAACCCAUAACGUCCAUUACUCAAAAAGACAAA